AUGUUGAAAAUUUUAAUCAUUUUAUUUUUCCUCAUUCAUGUCGUCGCUUCAACUUCGUUAAAUCCCCCUGACAAUAUCUCUCAAUCCAUCGACUUCUAUCGUGACAAUGAUGUCAUCUAUAAUAACGAUGUCAAAGCAGAACAAAUGGGUGAAUCUGAUAUCGAUGAUGUCGAUGAAGUCUAUCGUGACAAUGAUGUCAUCUAUAAUAACGAUGUCAAAGCAGAACAAAUGAGAAUGGGAAGAUUUAGAUGGUAUUGCAACAGGUGCAUGAGAUCUGGAAGAGGUUAUCGGUGUAAUCGAUGCCGUCGAAGUGGUGGUCGAGGAGGCGGUGGUCGAAGAGGCGGUGGUCGAAGAGGCGGUGGUCGAAGAGGCGGUGGUCGAAGAGGCGGUCGUGAAUGA